GUUUAUUGUAGUGCGUGUAGCUGAAGUGUUUGAAGAUAACGAAGUGCACCGUUAUACUUACUCCAUUGUGGUUCCGCCAUGGUUACUCUCCUCAACGGAGCUUCCUCUUCCCCUUCUUCCAUUCAUUCUCCAACCUCUUUCUUUCGUCCACUGCCACUCCCCUCUUUCUCCUCACCCAAUCCAAAAUUCCCUCGCAUUCGUCCUAACCCUAAUCUGCGCUGCUCCAUUGCGAAGGAGUCCACCGCAUCUCCGCCAAUAACCACCGCGCUACCCAAUUCCGUCGACUGCGUCGUCGUUGGCGGCGGCAUCAGCGGCCUCUGCAUCGCCCAGGCCCUUUCCACCAAGCACGCCAAUGCCAACGUCAUCGUCACCGAGGCCCGAGACCGUGUCGGCGGUAAUAUCAUCACUCUUGAGAGGGAUGGUUACCUUUGGGAAGAGGGUCCUAACAGUUUUCAGCCCUCAGAUUCAAUGCUCACCAUGGUGGUGGACAGUGGUUUAAAGGAUGAGCUUGUUCUGGGUGAUCCAAAUUCGCCUCGAUUUGUGUUAUGGAAUGGGAAAUUGAGGCCUGUACCGGCAAAGCCAACUGAUUUACCUUUCUUUGACUUGAUGAGCCUCGGUGGUAAGAUCAGGGCUGGCUUUGGUGCACUUGGAAUUCGGCCUCCUCCUCCAGGUCGUGAGGAAUCAGUUGAAGAAUUCGUGCGUCGUAACCUUGGUGAUGAGGUUUUUGAACGCUUGAUAGAGCCUUUUUGUUCAGGUGUCUAUGCAGGUAAUCCUUCAAAAUUAAGUAUGAAAGCAGCAUUUGGGAAAGUUUGGAGGCUGGAACAAAAUGGUGGUAGCAUUAUUGGUGGAACUUUCAAAGCACUACAAGAGAGAAAUGGAACUUCAAAACCACCUCGAGAUCCGCGUCUGCCAAAACCAAAGGGACAAACUGUUGGAUCUUUCCGGAAGGGACUUACCAUGUUGCCAGAUGCAAUUUCGGCAAGGUUAGGUAACAAAGUAAAGUUAUCUUGGAAGCUUUUAAGUAUUAGUAAACUGGAUAGUGGAGGGUACAGUUUGACAUAUGAAACACCAGAUGGAGUGGUUUCUUUGCAGGGAAAAACUGUUGUCAUGACCAUUCCUUCCUAUGUUGCUAGUACAUUGCUGCGUCCUCUGUCUGCUGCUGCUGCAGAUGCACUUUCAAAGUUUUACUACCCUCCAGUUGCUGCAGUUUCCAUAUCCUAUCCAAAGGAAGCUAUUAGAUCAGAAUGUUUGAUAGAUGGUGAGUUGAAGGGGUUCGGUCAAUUGCAUCCACGUACCCAAGGAGUGGAAACGUUAGGAACUAUUUACAGUUCAUCACUUUUCCCUAACCGAGCACCACUUGGAAGGGUUCUACUCUUGAAUUACAUUGGAGGAGCUACCAAUCCUGGAAUUGUAUCAAAGGCGGAUAGUGAACUUGUAGAAGCAGUUGAUCGAGAUUUGAGAAAAAUCCUCAUAAACCCAAAUGCCCAGGAUCCAUUUGUAUUAGGGGUGAGACUUUGGCCUCAAGCUAUUCCACAAUUCUUGAUUGGCCAUCUUGAUCUUCUAGAUGUUGCUAAAGCUUCUCUAAAAAAUACUGGGUUUGAGGGGCUGUUCCUCGGGGGCAACUACGUGUCUGGUGUUGCCUUGGGACGAUGUGUUGAGGGAGCCUAUGAAGUAGCAGCUGAAGUAAAUGAUUUUCUCUCUCAGAGAGUGUACAAAUAGUGGCAAAUUUGUUUUCAGGAAAUGGUCUUUAUGUUUCAUUCAUUGUCAAUUUCAUAUGUAUUUAGCUAGGCAGCUAUCACUUUGCCACUCCAUUUUUCUCUGAUAAUAGGCUUAGUUGAUUUUGACUUGUUAUUAUAUAUGUAAACCCAGGCAAUGGUCUGAAGCAAUUGCAUGAGUUACAUGAUAAUAAGGUUCGUGUCUUUGAAUAUAUUUUGUUUGGAUA